UUCGCAUGUCUCUUGUCCCUCUCCCUAGCUCUAUCUUUCUCUCUCUCUCCCUCUCUUCGGAGCUCGAUCCGUUGCAAGGUUGUACUAGGGUUUAUCGUUCAUUUCCAAACCCUGUCGUUGACUAAAUAAUCCAGUGAAUUGUAGAGUUUCCGGAUCCAAAAACCCUAGAAAUUUUUUUCUAGGGUUUGUUCUUCCGUUUGUUUAUUGCUUAAUUAAUUGGUCUCUGAGCUUUACCUAUUCUACAUCAGCGCUUUGAGUUGUUUUGAAGCCUUCGCAUUCGCUGGUACGAGUUCAAAAUCCGUCUGAGCAGGUUUUGAGGGUGUGAGAUUUGAUUCGGGGUUUCGUUUGAAAUGCAAUGCCGUGCUAGGGUUUGUUUGAAUCUUAUACGAGUCUUGCACUGCUUCGUAUUCUAUGGUCGUGUUUUGUUCUUGCGCGAAAUUCAAGUGUGCGAGAGGAGAUUCAUGGGGUGAAUGGUGCCGCGAUUACUGGUGAAUUCUGGAAAGCAAUGAUAUUAGGGUUUGAAUAUGAGCGAUGGAGGUGAGGAGAGUAGAAGAGAGAGUUCGCGGGAGGCAUCGAAAAGGCCUGGAGCUGAUGAUUUUGGCCGGGCUGUGUCAAAAAUUGCAGUGGCUCAGAUAUGCGAAGGUGUGGGGUUUCAGAGCUUUCGAGAGUCUGCCCUGGAGGGUCUUGCUGAUAUUGCGAUCAGAUACCUCUGUGACUUAGGAAAGACUUCAACUUACUAUGCAAAUUUAGCUGGUAGAACACAGUGCAAUAUAUUUGAUGUUAUUCGAGGGUUGGAAGAUCUGGGGUCGUCACAAGGGUUUUUGGGCGCAUCAGAAGCUAACAGGUGCCUGGUGGGUUCGGGCUCAGUGACCGAGAUCACAGAAUAUGUGGAGUCCGCCGAAGAGGUUCCAUUUGCUCGGCCCAUUCCACAGUUUCCAGUCAUUAGAAAUCGGAGAGCCAUACCAAGUUUUAUACGAAUGGGUGAAACUCCAAUGAGCAAGCAUAUACCAGCUUGGUUGCCAGCUCUCCCUGACCCACACACGUAUAUUCAUACUCCAAUGUGGAAUGAAAGGACAACGGAUCCUCGUGCAGAUAAAAUUGAGCAGGCAAGGCAGAGGAGAAAGGCGGAGAGGUCUUUGUUGAGCUUGCAGCAGCGUUUGGUGCACAAUGGUCCGACAGCAAAUUUGGCCUCUGUGGAACAGGGGGAUGCUGCAAAGGCAUUACAAGUUGCUGAAAGCAACCCAUUUCUUGCUGCAGCACGCUCAGCCUCAGUGGCACCUGCUAACGAUUCCAAGGCACCAUCAAUGGCUGAAGGUAAUCCAUUUCUUGCCUUGCCCCUACAGCCAGAGGAGAAAGAUGUUUCUCCGGUUGUUCUGCCUGUGAAGCUUGCAAAUGAAGCAGUUGUGGAAAACCAUGUUUCUGUGUUCGAGGCAUUUGCUCCAGCCAUUGAAGCAAUGAAGGGUGGGUGUUGCGAUUCAGGAAAUGGCGAUAGAAAGUUUCUUCCAGACAAAAGACCUGGCGUCCAUUUCAAGUUCAGAACUAGCAAGAAAUUCUUGGGCGAAUCUCGGGAUUUAAGCCCUGGGAAAAAAACAGCAUUGAUUGGGCGGAGUGAUGAAAAAGAUGACAAGAAGAGGAGAGCAGAGCUGAUUCUUAGACAAUCAAUGGAGAAGCCGCAGGAACUUGCCCAGUUGUAACUUAAUUCAUUGAUUGGCUUGCUUGAUGGAAAUCCUUGUAGUUCUGUUCAGAAAUUGGUUGUAGCAGUGGACUAUGGGUUGUCUAAAGUUAUGGACAUACUUUUAUUCUGGUAUGGAUUUUAUCAAUAUCCAGCUGGGAGUUCCUCAUAGUCCCUCCAUAUCAAUUUUUGAAGUGAGCUCUAGUUAUCGUCUGCAUGAACUUGUCAUGAGGGCAUGUCAUCUGGAAAGCAAGGGAUACAGGACUACAGCAUGCACGGCAAGGUUACAAAGGAUUUCUUUGUGAGUUAAAGAAGUGCUAUUCGGGACAAAUAUAUUUUACCUUUGCCCUUAGUGUGAAAUGGACGAGACAAUAGAAUGGAAAAAUGAAGUUCUGUAUCACCCUUGUUGUGUGGAACAUUUUUACUAAAAAGCUGGAAUCAUGUUCCCUGUUUCUUGUUGCAAAAUUACAAGAUGCAGGUUUGGGCUGAUGUGCUUUAAGUGGUGAUACAAAAUUACUUCUGGCAGCUUCAUCAUUGUCAGGAUUCAAGGGUUCUAGCUCCUGAAGAAUGGCCAUCAGAAUUUCCAGUUUUGUCAUCCAUGACAAGAAAAAUCAAUGUCGUGAUAGCCGAAAAUCAACUAAAACUGACUUUUCCCUACCCCAUCGAUGAAUGCCAAAAAUGGUAAUGGUUCUUCCAGGAGAGACUUGUAUAUUUUUCAUUAGGAAAAUUAAUUAUGGUCCUACUGAUGCAGUGAGCAACUUAGCUGCAUGCUUGUGCCCAUAUUUUUCCUUUAUUUCUUGAAGACUGUACAUGGUAUGAUUCUACCAGAAGGUUGACAGAAUGCAUAAUUAUAUGAGCAUUUUCAAUCAAAUGUAUUCCCCCCAAAGUAUUAAAACUAUAAAACAGGGACUGACUUGUACCAUUCUUCCGUGCCUCUUGUAAUAACCUGUUGCGGUUAAGCUGAUCUGGAAGCAUAAUAGUGUUUCAUUCCCAAAACCUGUGCGUAGCUGUAGCCGGUAAAAGGCGCAAAUAGAACCUGUGUUAUUCAGGUGUUUGUCAUCCAUUUCGACAUGCUUUAUGCUGUUUGAACUCAAUUUAUUUGUUAAUUUGUUCCCAGUACGAAA